UCUUCUGAUUUUCUGCAUGAAAAACAUAAAUGAAUAUGAAUGAACAAGUCACAAUUGACAGAAUCUUGACUCAAAUAAAUUGUUAUUGAUUAAAAAAUGUGACAUAAAUGACACAAAUGCGGCAUUGAAAUCUCAUUUAAUCGUGCAUUGUACGUGCUGUUUAUCCUUUAUGUAUAUACUUGAAUACAUGGCUAUCUUUUCAAACCAGAAAUCAUAAAUACUUGAAUAAGACCUUAACAGGUGCUUACUAAAUGAGUUAACAAAUACGCUGGCGAAGUGGAUAUAUAAUAUAACUGCAUUAUUGUGUAGAACAGAUAUAACCAUAUAAGUGAAAUAACUUCUCAUACACUCUAGAGAAAAAAAGAAAGGGGAAAGAAAGAUUGGUAAAAUUAUUGACAGCUUUCAAAUAAAUUCAAAGAAGUUUCUAUCACUCAUCAAAUCAUUGGUCGCGUGAACGAAGUUGACCAUCGUUGCGGAUUCCGUGCAGGAGUGUCAUAGUCAUAAAUAUAAUAAAUCACCUCCAGGCAAAUGUCACGAACGACGAGUUAUCCGUGGCCCGUGACAGUGCCUUUGUUUGCUAUAAAUAGAAAAAGUAGGUUAUCCGCGAAAUCAAUUCUGAAAAUAGAGUAAUUAACUAAAUAUACUUAUCAUUUUGUGUGUAACAUUUGUAAAGAGAAUCUGACAUAUUACGAUUUUUAUUGUCUUUCAGAAUUAUUUUUGUUUUAUUUCAUAAAUCUUACUGCAAUAUAUUUGUUUGAAACGUUUAUUAAAAUGCAUAAAUAAUGUGAUUACAAGCAAAUUUUGUUAUGAUUAAUAUAUAUUUGUAUGUGGUAUAUUAGUGUUAAAAGUAGUUGUUAAAUAUUGUUAAUGGAAUGUUAACGUUGCUUUGUGUAAUGUAUGAUAAUCUACAUGCAUAUUAUGAAACUUUUAAAAGAAUGUUUUGAUUUUUUUAAUGAAAAGUGAAAGAAAAAAUGAUUUUAAUAUAGAUUGAUUCAGAUCUUGCGUCCUUUUAAACUCGCUUUUUAUUUUGUGCGUCAAUGCCAAAAUAUUAGAUAAUUUCACUAUGGAACUGAACAAUGUGGGAAACAGUAAAAGUUCCAUAUAUAUGGCAAUAUCAUUUAAAAAACUGUGUUUGGCAACAGUGUCUUUACCUCUGGUCACACUUUUAGUCUGUUUUGUUACAGCAUAUAUCUUUCAACAAGAUGAUAUCCAUGAAACACACUGCAGGGUUUAUAAUGUACUUCCAUCGAUCUCAGCUAUUACUGGUAUAUCUCCUCAACGAUAUUUGUGGCGCAUAAGCAUAGCUCUACACAUAGGUCCUCGCUUAGUUAUUGCUACUGUAUAUCAUUCAUAUUAUUAUAAAAUACUUAAAACAGUUGAAGAUUUACCUUCCAAAAUUAUGGGAUUUAGACUUUUAAAUCUAUGUUAUUGGUUAAGCAUAGCAGAAGUGGCAGCGCUAUGUGGAGUCACAUAUAUUUCUAACAGAGAAAAUUAUUAUGUGCAUGAAAAAAUUUUCAUUAUCUUUAUGAUCAGUUCUUUAACAUAUAUGCUAGCAGAAGUGAGAUUGGGUCGUCUUGUAACACCAAAUGCACCAAGUCUUCAAUACAAACAGGCACUUUUUAUAACUAGUCUCGUUAGUACUGUUGGUCUCAUCGUUUUCUUUCUAAAGCAUAGGUUACUGUGUCAUGAUCUCGCAUUUAGCUGGUUUUCCUUUUGCGAGUAUGUGAUUGCCUCUGCAAAUAUGGGUUUUCAUGUAACCGUAAUUCUAGACUUUCCCAAGGAGCAGCUGGUUGUUGGAAAUGGUUUACCUGCCUCAAAGGUGGAUUAACUUGUAACAUUUUAUAUUCAUUAUUAUCUUAUUAUUGUCAUCAAAGUGCCUACUGCCACUGUCUGGAAGUGCUAUUGCCAAAAGUAAAAAAGUAUAUAAUACCAUACUAUAUAUAGUUGAGUAUCCACUGAUGAAUAUUGGUAAAUAUUUCUUAAUAAAAUAAAUGUACAUUAUAUGAAUGAAAUCAAAACCUUAAUGAAAUCAAAUAUUCAAUAUUCUUAUCUUAAGGAAAACAAUUAUGAAUGCAAGAUCUAUAUAGCAGUUAUAAUUUAUAUUUCUCCUUUUUAUAAACUUAUUUUGACUGAUUAUAAAUUUAUUUAAAUUAUAAUUUAUACUCAACAGUACUUUUAACAAUAUUUAUUUGUGACAUAUUUAAAUAUUUGAAUGAAUAUAUCACAGAUAAUAAUUUUUAUUAAAAGAUAUUUUAUGUAUUUGGUGGAUACAUGAUUUAAAGCACAAUACUUUUUAUCUUUUAAAGCAUAAUCCUUUUAGCAGAUUUUAUCAAAAUAGUAUUAAUUAUAUUCUUUUAUGUAAUGCUGCAGAUAUGUAAGAUAGUUUUUACUUUAGCAUUUCUUAGUUACUGAUAACUUUUAUCAUAAAUACACUUUCCAAUUAUUUCCAUAUGAAAAGGCACAGCUGAAUAUUAAAGCUAAAAGGGAAAAAAUAUAUUUUAAAAAAUCUAGCGCUUCCAAAGUAUGGCACUGGUAUCUUCCCAGGCAAUGAGAAAAAAUCUUAAAUGGCCUUUUAGGUAAUGAGAAUUUGUAGUGAUACGGGACAAAUGUGUAUCCUACAUACAAACAAUAUUAAGCUUAAAAGUCCAAAAUAAUGAAAUUUCAUAUUUAAUUUAUCUGCAUCUACUGCAAAAAGAAAAAAGAAGAAUUAUUAUUAGCACAAAGUAAAUGCUCUUUUAUAGUGAAUUUUAAAUUGCUUCUCUGGAAGUUCUUUAAGAUGUAAGAUUUCUAGUCAGUAUUUCAUUCUAGUCCUUUUACAACUUUUUCUUUUCUUUUUUUCUAUCUUUUUUUAUCUGCUUUAAAAGGAGCAUCGUUAUCAUGUCAUGAAUUUUUGACACAUUGUUAGCAUGUAGGAUGCAUUUACCUACGUUUAUGAAAUAACUGUAUGUAAUUUUAAUUUAAGAUACAGUAGAGAUAUUGUUCAUCAUUGUACAGUUGUAAUACCAUUAAUAUAUUUUAUCGUAUUCAUAUAAUACACAAAUCACACAUCAUAUAAAAAUGAAAGGAAAAAUAUAACCAAAAGAGAUAUAAGUAAUAUUCAUGUAACAUGGAUUAUAGCAAUACUGUGUUAUGAAUAUAAGGAUGAAUUACCAUGUUCAUAUAUGUAGCAUAUAAUCUUUAAGUGCAAUCGAUUGGUAUUCAAGUAAUCUCAACGAAAAUAGAAAAUGCUGACAGAAAGUGAAAUUGAUGACUAUCUUGUACGAUAUAUUCCCGACCAAAGCAUGAAUAUUACGUCCAAAAACCACGGAGUAAAUUGAAAAAGUUAAUUCAGAUCACUGUUUGUACUUGUACUAAAUUUUAUAAUCACAUUACACCCUUUCAAGAUACUCGCGUUAAAUAUUUCACAGAAAGUAUUAAAUAAGAAAAAGGAAAAACUGUUUGUGAUGAAGUGCACUAUUGUUGUUAUUGGAAUCAGUUGUAUAAAUCCUAAACAUUACACAUAUAAUUAUGAGAAUAUUACGUAAGUAAGAUCAUAAUUGCGUUUCUUAAAAAUUUUGUUUCAAAUGCAACUAGCUUAAAGUAUGUUUACGUCGUAUAAUUUGGUAUAAGGAAUUUUUUCUUAUAUUGUUUUUACUCUUUUGUGGAUAAACACAUGUCGUCAAUGUAUUUCUGUAUUAUUUACAAAAACGAUUACACAACAUUUCUUUUUUUGCUGAAAUAUAUUAAAUUAUUGUUUUAUAAAUUCGAUUGCCAAGUGUUCAAAAGCAUGUGAAAAUUGUAAGUCAUGUACAAUCAUUCGAGCAACAUAUAUUGGUGGUUCUUAUUAUAAUACAAAAGCAAGCGUUUAUACUCGUUUAGAUAAAUAUUUAUAAAAAAGGAGCCAUCUUCGAUUUCGAUAAUCUUUUAAUAUAUUGUCAAAAUCACCAUCCUAAAUUGUAUUCUGAAUCCGUACCCCGUAAAAACCAAAUUUACCGUAUCUAUUCAUGUCUGUUUAAAUUGAAAUAGGAGUUGGAUUAGCUUAGAUUUUUUUUGAGUGAGAGUGCAGGGGCUGGAACGAAGUCCCUCCCAUGCCCACGCUUUUACUGCAUAAUAUACAUCAUUUUAUAGUAAUGAAAUUAAAUACAACGAGCUGUUCAGUACUGAUUGUGAGUUAUCUUUUUUUUUUUUUUGUUGAAAAGAUUUAAAAAGUCAGUUCUGUAGGAGUUAUAAGAAAUAUUAAUAGUAUAGACUUCAGUAUGUAAAGGUAAAGAAGGAAGAUAAACAAGAGCAUUCGAUUUACAUUUAUACAUUUUACUAAAUACAAAUGGUGCCCAGAAAAUGAUGUAUUUUUGAGUAAACGUUUUUUCAUAAUAACUUUUUAAUAAACAGUAACUUCCAACUAAAACCUUCACGACACUACCUAGGAUGAUGACACUGAUAACAUAUUAAAAAAUUAUCGGAAGAGGGGCUGCCUUUUUCUAAAUAUCUACCUUCAUUCGUAAUCGUCACACAGAAAUAAUUACGGGCUAUUACUAAUUAAUUUAUCGGCACAAAUGUUAAAAUCUGCGCCAAGUGAUGUAUUAAAGAUACUGUAUGUAUAUGUACCAUAUUGCAUAGAUUUUGAUUUGACAACAGGAUAUCUUUAAUGAAUCACUUAUUCAUGAUUAACCAUUUUUAUAAUUUUACUUUGUUUGAAUAUAUAUACUAUUUCGAAAUUGAA